AUGAAAUAUCGCGGCGUUGUCUAUGAUGUCGGAUUGAAGUUUGGGGACGAUGGAUUUUCGGUCGAACCAUUCGAUCCCAUCCUGGUAGAGUUCGACAUGCGUAUCAUCGCCAACGACAUGCACGCCAAUGCUGUGCGGAUCGAGGGCGAGGAGAUCCAUCGACUAGAAUCUGCUGCACGGGCUGCUCGCUCGAUGGGGCUCACGGUCUUUUUCAACCCGUGGAAGAUGAACGUGGGUGUUGACGAGACGUGCGCUUACCUUGAAGACGCUGCGGAGACGGCCGAGCGACUGCGGAACGAAGGUGUCGAUUUGGUUUUUGUUGCCGGCUGUGAGUAUACGAUCUUCAGCAAAGGGGUCUUUCCUGGCGAAUCUUUCUAUGAGCGUCUAAUGUGGCUUGUCGCUCAGUUCCCUGGCGGUCAUAUGCCGAGAGAUGUUCCCCAAGUCUUACGUGAGAAGUCCGUGGAAUUAAACAAAGUCCUGCGGUCUUUGGCUAAGGUGGUUCGCGCCAGGUUUGGUGGGCCGCUGACAUAUUCGGCCGGCACCUGGGAAGUCGUAGACUGGGACAUCUUCGACAUCGUUGGUAUCGACUACUAUCGCCAAGGGGAAACCAAGGAGGAAUAUGUCGCGGGCCUCGAGCGUCACAGGUUCGGCAAGCCUCUUGUCGUUAUGGAGGUGGGUUGCUGCGCCUAUGAGGGAGCGGCCGAGCGCGGUGGCGGCGGCUUUAUGCUUCUCAAGAGCACAAAUCCAGACGGCAGCGGCGUUUUCGAAGGCGGCGUCGUCCCGACCCGGAGCGAGCGGGAGCAGGCCGAUUAUGUCGGCACACAGCUCGAUCUCCUCGCUAAUGCAGAUGUUCAUGGGGUCUUCGUCUAUGUGUUUUCAUUCCCGUGCAUGCGAAGGGGGGAGGGACCAAGUGACCUUGACAUGAUGUGUUUCUCAUUGGUCAAAUACUUCCCGGAUCUGGACCCGAGGUCGAAUGCUAUGCCGCCCUGGGCACCUAAGGAAUCUUUCCACCGCGUCGCCGACUUCUUUCUGUCCAUGCUGCAGCCACAGCUAUAA